UGUUCGUAUGCUAUGUUCAUGUGGUUGGGGGUAGGAGAUCAUGAAGUGUAGUGUCAACAACAGAAUUGAAAAAGGUGAAGAUUUGAAACAUGUCGAAAUGGAGCGAGACUGGAAUUUUGAGGAAGAAGCAGGUGAAGGAUAAUUUCGAUGAUCUCCUGGUGUUUGGAUACGCCUGCAAGUUGUUUAGGGAUGACGAGAAGGCCCAAUACAUCGAUCAGGGCAAACACCUAAUCCCAUGGAUGGGAGAUGAGAAAUUAAAAAUUGAUAGGUACGAUGGCAGAGGUGCUUUAUCCGAUUUGUCCUCCUGCGAAGCCUCUAAGGAAGGCUACCAUGCAACGAGAUGGCUAGAUCUGAGUGAUGCAGAUAGGAAGUUGGAGCAGCGCUGUGAUGAAGAGAGGUAUUACUCUCUGCACACCAACGAAGAGGAGGAAGCCUUGUAUAAAGAGGAAGCAUUGAAGAGACAGAAAGCCAAUGAAUAUAGUUAUAGUUAUGAUGUACCUCAGGACCCUGAUAGGGAAAGCUCUCAAGAAUCCAUUCCCACCUGUGAGGAAGAAGUCAAAGCCUACAUUCCUCCACCUGAACUUGACGUGCCUGCUGACAUAGAUAUUCCUAAAACUAUGAAAGAGAAUGCUAGGAUUGAGAAGACUGCACUGUUUGUGAGCCAGCAAGGACCCCAGAUGGAGAUCCUCAUUAAAGCCAAGCAGGCUGAGAACCCUCAAUUCAACUUCAUGAACCAAAGCGAUGCGCUCUACAAGUACUACAGGCACGUCCUCUCCGCAAUCAAAUCCGGACGAUAUAAGACCCACAGCCAGAAAGAGGAAUCGGCGGCCAAAGAGGAGCAGCAAAAGGAAGACAGCCAGAGCGCGGAAGAGGACUAUUUGCAUCCGAGUUUGGCGCCGGUCACGCCGCUGGUGACUGCGCCUCCGAAGAUUCCGCAAAUCCCAUACAAACCGGCGGCGGACUGCGCCUACGCGCAAUUGGUUACCAGGAUACAGGGCACCGCCCCGCAGGUCGUCCAGGAAGAGCCGACUCCACCUCCAGCUCAAAUACCGCAGGAUCAGCAGCAAUACUACCAGUACUGCUACUCCAUGCAGUAUUACGAAUACUACAAGCAGAUCGCCCAACAAUACGCCGCACAAGCUAACUGCGAUGUGCAGACUUUGGUGCAGAAUCCGCAGAUGCAGGAGAGGAUACAGAGUCAAGCUGCGCAUUACGCGCAGGCGUCCUGCAAUCAGUACAUGCAGCAGAACGCCUACAAUACAGCUUCGAAUUCGCAGGUGGAGCGACCACCGGAACCUCCGAAACCGCCCGAAAAGAAACCGGUGGUGAAAACGAAUCCUCUCCUCAGUUUGGUGCACUACAGCAGCGAUUCCGAUGAGGAUGAGGACGCCGAGGAACAGCAGAUUGAGAAGUCUGUUAGUGAUAAAAGUAAAGACGAGAAGAUGAGUUUUGUCGUUCCGCCCGACGACAAGGCCGCCAUCAUCGAUAAAAUGGCCAAUUACGUGGCGAAGAAUGGGGACGAGUUCGAGACUAUAGUCAGGGCCAAAGACGACGAUCGCUUCGACUUUGUUCGCGAAUCGCACAAGUACUAUAAAUUUUACAGGCAUACCAUUGACGUGUAUCGGAGCAAUUUGUCGUCAAAAUCAUCCAAAGAGAAGAAAGUCAUUGCGCCAGUAUCGUUUUCGAUCAAGAAACCCAAGGAGGAGACUUCUAAAGAAAUCAAGAGCGCGCUUCCGCUUGAGAGCGACGAGGAGGAGAUUGCACAGGAGGAGGAAGAAACGAGUGUUCCUAGCGAAAUUGUUCCGGAAUCAACGCAGCAAGAGACGCCAGUGGUGGAGGAGAAGCAACAGGAAGAAAGUCAGGAGGAGACGCAGGGUAAUGGGAAACCGUUCAUGGAUGGGGACGAUCCCAUCUUGGAGAUGAUUGAUCUGACGGACGAUUUGGAAGAGAGACGCGACGCUCGCAGAGCUGAAGAUAAAAUAAAGGACAAGAUAGCGUUGGCAGCCAAGGAGCGUUUGGUGUCGUCGACGCGACCGAAGGAUCGCGCUCUGCAGAUGGACAGGCGCAAAAGGGCGGCGAUGUUCCUGAAGAUGAAGAGCGAGAACACCGAGGAUAGUAGAACCAUCACGCGCACGGAGGAUGACGAGAAGAAAGAGGAGAUUUUAAAGAUCGACGAUUCCGAAUCAGAGGACGGCGAGAUUAGACAGAGCAAACGAUCGCACAAAAGGAAAAAGUCACAUAAACGGAGAAGGAGCACGACCAGGCGAGAAUCCAAGUCGCACAGGAAGAAGUCGAAAAAGCGGAGGAGACGAUCGUCUUCGCGCAGCUCGUCCAGCAGCACCACGUGAUAAUCAAAAUGGAUACGCUUAAGUCUUAAGAUUUGUAUAUUUUGUAGAAGAAAUGCAUCGACGCUAUUUAUUUUUAUCAGUGAUU